AUGCCUAACAAUAAAAUUUCAACUAAAAGAAUUCAGUACGCUGUACAAAAUGGCGUCCUUGCUUUAUUAAUUAAAGAAAAUCAUGCAACUGUUUUAUUCCAAAAACCAGCAAAAAGAAGGUGUAAAUGUUUUAAAUCAACUCAAUUAGUAAUUAGUGAAAUUUGUACAGAUAUUUUGGGAACAAUAGAUGUACAAAAAGAAAUAACGACAGGAAGGCUUUCAUGUCAGCAAGAGUUAGUAGUACAAAUAUUAAAACAAUAUAAUUAUGUUAUUACUUUUAAGCAAACAAGAAAAAAUUCAAAAACAGCUAAAGACAUUAUUUUACAAGUAAGUUCUUUAAAUGGAACAAAUUAUAAAUUAGAAGAUUUAAUAAAGUUAGGAGUUACUUUAGAAUUAUAUCUUCGUACUCAAAACAGUAAUUUGAUAAAAACUGAUUAUUCAAUAUUUUUUUUUUAA